UCCAUUGCUUGGCAGUUGUCGCGACAAUUGUGUGCGGUAGUGUUUUGAUUUGAUUUAGAGUUUUUUUUUUGGUAAAUUAAUGCUAAAGAUUCUAUGCUUUGUGCAGUGAAACAGCAGUAAUUGGGAAUGUCGCGGAGUGGAUAAAAUCCACGCCAGUGUGUGAGUGAGACAGAAGAAGCUUUCUUCUGCGCAACCCGUUUUUUUUUCUUCGAAAUCAUCGACGAAGCGAGGAAAUUCUUACCGAAGAAAAAAAGGAAAAGAAGCCGUGCUUUUCCAGCCCGCGUAGUGCGAGUGUGUGUUGACGUGUGCUGGCGAAGCAACAAAAAAAAGCGAAAGAAGGGUAGAAGAUUUCUAGGCGAAAUACUAUAUUUACGUGCUGAAGAAGUGCACCGUAGUGAAAUCCGAAAAGUGCUGUUGUGUGCGUUGUAAAAGGACGUCACAAGGAAAAGCUUAGUGUGCAGCGACGAGUGAAACAUCCUCUGUCGAUCAAAGGACGUAAGCGAAAGCAACGGAUAGCAGUAGUAAAGGACGGCACAGGACGCAAAAGUGCCGAAGUCCGGUGUGACGAUUUCCCAUCAGCGGCUGCAACACUUUUGCACCAAAGCGGUAAACGCCUCCGCGCGCCACCCACUACCAGCAUGAUGGCCGAUGCAGCAACUAACAAUGGUGGCGCUUUGGCAACAGCGGCCGGGCAGACGGCAUCGACGGUGGGCGGUGGCAGUGGCGGUGCUCUCGACCCCAACGUUAUCCCCCAGUGGAAGAAAGAAUUGAUCCAGCGGCGUAAGAAUCUGGCCAAAACGAUCGGUGCCGUCGCGACACAGGUGCACGAUUCGGCGUCUACCGUGGCAGCGGCCAUUUCGGCAUCAUCGCCAGUCCAAACCCACCCGCGCACUCCCACCGGCGGCUUCCCCGUUGGCAGUCCAUUUUACGCCGGAACCGGAACGAAAGAUACCCUCUCCAUAAACACAAGCUCCCCGCUCGAUGGUACAGUGCCGGACAGCGAAACGUUGCACCAUUCAUGCCAGGUGGAAAACGAGCACGAUAAGCACAACUUCACGCAACAGCUGAACCCCAAUAAUGAUACGAUUCCACCAGCAGUUUCAUCACCGACAGCGACGACGCCCGGAUCGUUCAUCGGAGUUCAUUAUGGUGCGAAUGAACAUCUGCAGCAGCAACACAACAACAACAACCACCACCACCAGCAGCCGCAUCGCGGUAGUGUUGGUGGUGGCGCAAGAGCCACAGCAAGUGAAGCCGUAGUGGUGCAGCCGACAGCAAGUGGACCAUCGCCAACGUCGCUCCCGACGGCUAACGGAGCUCAUUCGCAUUCCAAUGCCGGGUCGGAACACAGCGGCAGUAGUGCUGCCAUCGUAACCGCAACGAACCGCACGGGCUCUGGCAAUAGUGGCGUGAUCGUCGAGCGUGAAAGUUCGUCCACCGUGUGCAAUAGUGCCGUCGUGGUGAGCAACAGUAGCAGCAGUAACAACAACAGUGGCAAAUCGGUAGUGCCCGGUGUGAACGGUCAAACGCAGCAGCAGCAACCCAAUUCGAGGGACGGCGUCGCAGCAAGGAAGAUGGUCGCAGCCACGGCCGCGGAGGAGAUCGUCGUCGUCUACGAAAAGAACACGCUGCUCGGCGGUGGCCUGGAUGCGACCGGUGGUGGUGUGGUAGGAGGCGGUGGCGGCAUCGGUGCGAUCGGUGAUGCCGGUGAGGAGCUGAAGUACGGGCCCGGGAUCGUGUCACGGUUGCGCUGCCGCUAUCUCAGCCUGGCCCUGCGCCAGUCCGUCACCAAACAGCGCCCGUCGCUUAACAGUAUGCGCCGUGCGACCAGCCUCAACAACCUGCUGGACGAAGAGAGUGAAGAUCUGAGCGAACGCGAACAAUCGAUCGGCAGUGAGGGUACGGGUGGCGGUGGUGGUGUCGGUCAUCAGCAGAAGAAGUAUCAAACGCAGAAUUAUCACCACCACCACCAACAGCAGCAGCAGCAGCUGCCGCAACGCGAACACUAUAGCAACGGAAACGGCAACAAUCAUAACCAUAACCAUAACCAUCAUCAGCAGCAGCAGCAGCAACAGCUUCAUCCAACGGUAGUUCUGCAGCCACCUUACCAGAAGCAGCAACACCAUUUCGCCCCAAAACAACAGCCGUGGAUUCAGCAGCAGCAGCAUAAAGAGGACGAUCAGCAGCAGCAGCAGCAGGGUGGUGGAGUGGUCAAGACGGCACCGUUUCUGCGCGGCGUGCAAAACAGUUAUACGCGAGCGAGCCGCCAGGUGGAGAAGAAGAACGAGUACAAUCGCUACACCAAGCAUCAUCGUGGUGCUAGCGGUGCCGACGCGGUCCUGCUCAAGCGUGCUCGCUCAGUCGAGGCUCUGGUGCGCUACGAUCACAAGGCUUGGGAGCGGGACGGUACCAACCCAGUAGUACCAGCAAUAGCGACAGCACCAGCGCCAGCGGCCCUUGCCGUGUCGUCCUCCGCCGAGGUGGGCAGCAAUGUGAUCAUACUGGACGAGAUCGCGCUGGCAACGACGACGGUGGCUGCGACAACUCCGGCUGGUACAGAGGGGCACGGCACAACCAACGGUAUUUCCAGUUCGGUCUCACCGACGGCGAUGCUGAUGAACGGCAAGGGUACCGCUGGUGGGGCGGGUGGCGCAUCGGAGUUGCCGCUGCUGGUCAGCGAUUGCGUGACGAUCGAGGAGAAGAUCAUCAACGGGCGCGAGAAGGGCGAUCCGAAGCCGAAGCGGCUGACCUCGAUCAUCGAUGCCGACGAACGGCCACCGCCCGAUGUGGUCAAGCAGACGAUGAAGAUCUUCGAGGCAAAUGCAAACCGACGCGGUGGCCGUGGCGCAACCGGAACCAACAACGGUGGCAGCGAGGUAGCAACGAAGGUGGCUAGCUACCGUUCGAUCAUCAUCUCCGGUUCGGCAACGGCCGGUGCGCAAACAGCGGCUGCUGCCGUCUCUUCCGCGGUCGGACCGGGUGACAAACCACCGAUCACCCAUCCGAAACCGCCUCUAAGCCCCAAGAAGCCAAAUAUCAAGCCACGCACCGCUAGUCCGAAGCAGCAGCAGCAUCAGGCCACCUCAGCCAAGCCACCCCCGACACCGAAAUCGUUGGAGGCUGUCAACAACCUAAAGAACGCACCCGGUGCAACUGUCAAAAACAAUAACAAACCGCCACCGAUGGGUGGUGGCACGAUGGAAUCCACUCCACCGUCACCGCCGGCGAGAAGUAAACACACGACCGCAGCCGCACUCAACGGUAGUGUUGGUGUCGCACUCGCGAAGAACAUGCAAAGCAGCGUCGGGGGCGCCGGUAGUGAUGGGGGAACCGCGACGGGUACGCAAUCCGACCCGACGGACGCGAAGACGAACGCACUCAAGAAUGGAAGUACGGUGCGCGAUCACCACAACUACGAAAACGGCACGACACAGACACCGCCAUCGACGAAGACGUCGACAUCGGCGACGUUGCCUCCAGGGUCAGACGGUGGCCACCAACACAAGCACAGCAGCAAUACAGCACAGGAGGCAACGGCAACAGUACCGACGGCAGCGGUGCUAGCGUCGUCAUCGCCGUCGGGAAUUUGCGAUUCGCCUUCUAUCCAGCAGCUCACGAGCAAGCUUGGCAGUCUACAUCUGGCGACCUCUACGCCGACUGGAGCUGCGAACGGAACCGUCUCGUCGGUGCUGCACGAUCGACGUAACCUCGAGUACGUUACUAGUGACGAAGAGGAAGAGGACGACGACGACGACGACGACGACGUGGACGGAGAGAACGGUAGCGGACGGCGCAACACCACAUCCUACACGGUCAAUCCGGAGUCGAGCGAGAGCGAAGACGCACGGGAUAAUCCGGCGGGUGGCAGCGAAAACGACGCGGACGACGACGAAGCGGAGGAGGAGGAGGAAGAGGACACCGACGGUGAGCAGCGCUCGGUGCGGAAGAUUUCGCGCACCGCAAUGGAGAACAUUGCCCGUGCCGGCACUACGACGCAGUUCCGAUUCAAUGGAGCUGUCAAAUCGUACCUUCCUGGGAGCGGAGGUGGUGGUGUGGCUGCUCCCAGCACCAAACCACCCGCCCCACCCAUACCGAAGUCUCGCGAAAGCCUCGCCGGAAAGGCUAACGGUGCUUCGUCGGCGGUACCGAUCGAGGUCAACGGGCGCCUACCGCCAGAGGGAGCUAGCGUAACCUCACCAAACAGUGCGAACAGUGGUGGAAAUAAUAAUCAUCAUAGCAGUGCUAUUGUCGGUUCUAGUGCGGUACAGGUCGUCGCGAGUGGUGUUGGUGGUGGUGGUGGUGGUGGUGCCGAUUCUGCUGGAUCCGCGACGUCGGUCGCGCCAUCCCUGACGCGGCGCGAGAUCGAAAAGAAUCAAAUCAAUCGCGAAAAGAGUGGUGAACCCGCCGGUCCGGCGUCGACCGGCCCGAACAGCAUCAACGGUAACGGUUCGGCCCCGCCGGCCAAUGCUGGACCCGGUACGACGACCGGCAACGGUGGUGUUGGUGGUGUGCUAGUGGCUAGUGCGAAUAAUCCGAAUCAUGGCGGUGCGAGUGGUGUUGCGAAACAGACCACCGCCAACAACAGUAUCAGUGCGGUCCCUGACAGUACCACAUCGUUCGUGGCCAAAUGGGGUACGGGUGGGGCGGGUGGGGCAGGCGUGACGGCGGUGGCCACUGCUGGACAGUCGCCCCUGGCCGGGUUGGUGCCGGCACGCAAAAAGGUGAAACCACCGCCCAACCAUCAGCAGGACGGCACCAACACGAUGGUGUUUAACUUCAGCGACCGCAAGGACGUGCCGGACUACAUCGAGAACGAUGGUGUCAUCAUCCGGCCACGCCCGAGAGAGCUGCCCAAGCCUGGCGAAUCCGGUUUCGUGGUGUUGGGUGACCUGACGCUAGAAACCUCGACCGAUCCGGAUGAUGGGUUGCCUACCGGGCCACCAUCGCCGUGCAACGGUGAAUUUGCCAACGCCUACAUCGUGAUCAAUGGCAAAUCGAGCAUGAGAAACAAGACUAGUAGAAGUAAUAAGUUCAAAAUUCAGUUCGACGAUUCGCUUACUUCCACGUACGAGUAUCCGUCGGAGACGUCCUUGCUCGACACGAACGGGUACGACGAUGCGGAUAACAGCACGGACACGAACGGGGGCAGUGGAGGUGGAAUCGUCCCGCCAGCGUUCGCCGACAACGGGCUCCUUUCGCACACGAACAAACUCCUCUCCUCGGUGCCACUUGGUUCGGCACCGUUCGCUAGUUAUACCCCAGUAAAAGCCGCCAUAGACACGACCUUCGAGCUGGGAGUGACCCGUACACCGUCGCCAUCGGCAGCCAGUACGGCUAGCAGCACCGGCUCGAACGGAAGCCUUACCACCUCGAACAAUAGCAGCAGCAGCAGCAGCAGCAGCAGCAGCAGCAGCAAUAGUCAUCAAUCCGCCACCGGUCACGGUAACAACGGUGAGCAGAAGCAGCAUACGUUGCCGCACACCGUACCGAACGGCCAUCAUCAUCACCAUCACCACAACCAUCAGAUCGACCGAUCGAACAACAAUAACAACAGCAACGGUCUGCACAGUAACGGCCAUAGCAGCAUUAAUGGGCCAUCGGACACGAUCCUGAACGGUGGUACCGGCGAACCGCUGCUUAGCGGAACGGGCGAACCGGAAAGCAUUCAGUACCUUAAGCCCGCCUCGGACGAACAGACGGUCAACUGGAGCCAGGGCACACGUGUCACGGAUCUGCUGUUCUAAUGCAAUGUGCCUGUGUCCGGGCAGUGCCGUGGGAGAAGCGCUAGGAUGUGUUCCCCACCCCACACACACAAGGGAGACACCUGUUGUACAGUAUAUACACUUUAGCUUGUAGAAAAGCAUGGAGCUUGAAGAAACAUCAUUUAGUCGGUCAAACCUAAACCUCCAAUGUGCAUGCGGCGUGAGCGAGUCACAUCAAAACCAUACCAUGCAUGGGAAUACAUAGUGAAUACAGUGAAUGUUUGGAAAUUUAAAUUUUCUUUAAACUAAACCCCGGGCUACUAGAUGUGUUCUAGCGCCUGCUUAGUAGAGUCGGCUCGAAGCAGCGCUCGUCGAUGAUUGUCGGUAAUAGUUCACAGUUGAGUCAUACAGUUUUUCUUGUUCUAUUUGAAAUUUUCCUCUUUCUUCGGCUAGAAGGAGGCCCCAGGUUAGCUCACACUAGCACCGGCCCCCACCCAUUAGGAUAUUCACAUUCCGCGCGUGUUAUAACGGUUAGUGGCUAAAUUUGCUAUUCUACGUUUUUCGUUCGUUGCAACACAUACCGAUGGGAUGGGAAGUUAGUGUGUCCAGCGCGGAUUAAGUGUGUAUUGACGACCGUUCGUGAUUAUGUAGGACUUUCUGGGAAGAAGUGGAAGCCACAAAUAUGUAUCCAGCUUCCAUUUUUUGGACGCCUUUUAGUGGCGCCAUUUUAUGAAUUAAAUAGAAUAGAAAUAUACGCUGCUACAGACACACACACACACACACACACGCCACCAACUAGAGCGUCACGUGGUCGGUACGGAAUGUUAUGCUGCCUAUUUACACUUGCGCGAGGAGAAACACACGAAACAAAAAGUUAAACUAUUAAGCAUUCCUCGGAUCGGGUAAGGCUAAGCAUGGUCAUAUAGAAAUUUGUUUGCCUCUUCCCUGAUUGUGUUGGUGGGAGGUGGAAGGUGGACAGCCAUGAAACAAAGAUGCAACCCUACGCCCCCAAUAACAACAACAACAUUGUGAUUAAUUGUAUCGCUCUUGCAGCAGCGUGAUAGGGCCACAGUAAAGCGAGGAGGUUUGAACGUGACGGAAUUGGGAGAAACAAAAAUACAACAAUUACUGCUACACUAUCACUACUCGUAUAAACCACUAUUAUUAUAAUAUUACUACUUGUGAAAGCUUGGAUUGCAGAGAAGAAUCGGGGAGUGUGUGUAUCAAGCAGCACAGUGGAACACAGGACAGGCAGGAAGUGGCCGAUUGGCUGGUUAGGGAUAGGAUUUUUCCUCUCUUUUUAAGAAUUUGAAUUUGUAUAAAGCACAGCUAAAGUCCGAUAGAUUAGUAGGAAACGGUAACGCAAAUAAUAGGACCGUGAAGGUGAUAAAAAAAUCCAUGUGCGGAGGGGAUGGACGGUAAAAUGAAGGGACAAAUAAUACAAUAUCAAUUUGCAUACAUUGCAUGCUGCUUUUUUAGAUGCUUCAACGACAAAGAAUCGCGGUUUGUGCUGCUUCUUACGAUAUGAUGCGUACAAACGUACGCAGAUUAAGUGGUCGUAUUGGAAAAUGCUGAACGUGAACG